AUGAAGCCUCUUGCUUUCCUGGGAGGCCUUUCUGUCCUCUCACUGGCUUUCGGGCUACCGCUGCCUGCCAACCCACCUCCCAACCCACCCCCCACAACACCUCCGGCAAAGACAGACAUUGGUAGGUCUGUGGUGCUGAGGAGGCUGGGGCCAACUCGCCCAAUAGGGCCUUACAACCUGGGGUCUCAGAUCGACCCAUUCCCUUCUCUGGAGCUUGCCAACGGGGAGAAGAAGGAGCUGACAAUCUUUAGAUUCACUGCCCACUUUCGCAUCAAUGGGUACGCCGAGGCCGUCGCGAGAAUGCUCGGAUCCGCGUCGCAACCUGAUAAAGUCGAACACAACCGUGAGCAACUGGACAAGUUUUGGGCAAUCAUGGCCGAGUUCGCCUAUCAUCAAGUCGUCUCGUUUGCAGACGAUUUCAGGAAGGGAGGAGGGAUCGGUCGAAAAUUAUACGCUCCCCCGGGUACCGUGAUGCUCAAACGCACUGGACCGAACGAGUUCGUAGCAGGUUCGUCAGCUCGCGCCCCCGGCGUACUCCCUCGCGACUUGAAUGCCUUUUCUCGGCAAGGCAAGACCGGCGUUUUCAUGGAGAAAUGCCUGGAAGGGACGACAAAAACCGGCCAUGACAAGAAUGGCCUGUGUGGCGAGCAAACCGCGUUUGGCUCCGAAGCCGAUUUGUCGACAUGGAAGCCCCCAGUGCCACUAAGUCAGUGCACCCCAUGUCGGCCCACCCCCCAUGAUCGCCCACUCUGUACGCUUCGAUCAACACCAACCCUACUGCAUUCAACUGCAAAUUUCUACCUCUAUUCAAGCAACCUCGAUGCAAGAUACAGCUGAUUCCUGAUCAGAAUUUUCCGGGCUUUCAAACGCUGUAUUCACUUCCUCUUCAACUGCACCCCUCGUCUCUGCAACGCGCCGGAUAUCCACGAAGGUCUCGUUGGGAUCUGUGGCCACCCUUCUCCUUUUGCGAGGCCGCUGUGCCUCCAAUUGGGCUUCCAACUGCCUGAUUUUUUGAUGGGCGGUAACCAAGUCGUAUUCAACGUCCGGGUAGGAAUUGUUAAACGUUGUUUGGCCUUAUUAUCCUUUGCAGAUUGUUGAAUUCCGGCUCGCCGGCUGUCCUGGCUAAAGUUGUCGAAAAUAAACCGGUUCAUAAAGGGUUUGGCCAUAUUGCAAGGCCAAAGGCCGGCCGGCCGCCACCCCGCUUUUAUAUUAAAGGCAGUAAUUGCUUGUGAUCGUGCGUGG